CUCCUUAGAUCAGAGGCCUACACCAGCGAAAAUCGCCCUCUUCCCAAUCAGGGGCACCUUAGGUUAAGAAGGCUUCAGAAAAAGAUCUCAGAGAAGGAGAAGAGCCUGCAGGAGCUCCUGGAAGGGCCUCCUAGCACAUCAAUGGAUGUCAACAGAAAUUCCUCACUGUCCCAGUCCAGACUGCAGCCCACAAAGGCUAUAAAGAGGAAGAGGCUUCACAGCUCCACAGGCCUUCAUGAUAAUGGCUGUGACUCGUCCUCCUGCGGGCCUGUGAGCAAAAGACGGUACACUACCCAGGGGUCAGCGGGGCCCCUCUCAGCUCCAGGACCCAGCUCCACCCCCAGGACGAUGACAUUAUUCAGGCCAGACUGUGCAACUAGGCCCAGCUCUCCACCAUGGACAAGCACCAUCUCUGGACCCAUCUCUGUCCAUGAACCCAGUUUCCACCCCUGUCCAAGCUCUGCCCCUGGACACAUCUCUGCCCCUGGACCCUGCUAUCACCCCUGUCCAAGCUCUGCCCCUAGACCCAGCACUCACCCCUGUCCAACCUCCGCCCCUGGACCUAGCUCUUACCCCUGUCCAAGCUCCGCCCCUGGACCCAGCACUCACCCCUGUCCAAGCUCCGCCCCUGGACACAUCUCCGCCCCUGGACCCUGCUAUCACCCCUGUCCAAGCUCUGCCCCUAGACCCAGCACUCACCCCUGUUCAAGCUCCGCCCCUGGACCCAGCACUCGCCCCUGUCCAAGCUCCGCCCCUGGACCCAGCUCCUCCCGUGGCCAUGCCCCGCACUAGUUCAGUGCAAAUAUUGUUGAACAGUUACGUUCCAUUUGUCUGGCCCUCCCCGAGUUACCAGCGCCUCCUGCCUGCCCUCCUUCUCGUGUGCCCUCCCCGUGAUGCGCUAAGUACCAGGAACUAGAGCAGGAGUGCAGGGGAAGGGGCUGGAGGACAUUCUUUGAGCCCAUAGAAGUGGGAUGCAGGGGCUUUGCAGGUCGGUCAUUCUGCAAAGUCCUCGGCUGGCUGGGGGUGACUGGGGCAGCCAAGAGCAGGGCUAUCCAGGCUGUGAGCGAAGCUGCAGAGAAAGCCACAAGGUGGCUGUGGCUCAAGAGGGCUGGUAGCUACUGGUACGCAAGUCGGGGCCUGAUCACCCCCGGCUGGGUCGCCUGGGCGAGGGUGUCUGAUGUUGUGAGACCUGAAACACCUGUUGACCCCAGGAUACAUCACUGAUAAUGCGUGCCAGGGCAUCCAGGAGAUGUUUCUUGCAUAGUCCUGGUCUUGUGUUCCGGUACAGAAGAAAUGUGUGUUCAUGCCCCAGUCAGUGAAAGUGUGUUCCCUACCCCUAGUCCCCAGAGGGUGAAGGCGGUUUCUUAAAAAGAUCUCAAAGAAGGAGAAGAGCCUGCAGGAGCUCCUGGAAGGGGCCCACAAAGGCUAUAAAGACAGCUCCACGGCUCUUCAAGAUUAUGGCUGUGACCCAUCCUCCUGUGGGCCUGUGAGCAAGAGACGUCCCCCGUCCAAGCUCAAGCUGUGCCUUAGCCACAAAUGGAGUUAUUCACCAGGCAGCCACCAGAGCCUCUGAAACUUUUCUAGCAAGUGCUAUGUAAUCAGCUAUUUUUUAAAUUCCCUUUUCUGCUAUUACCCUUUACCUUUCAUUUACCAUUAAAAUCUUCCAGCAUA